AUGACUAUCUCCCGUGAGUACAGACAGGAGCCUGUUGAAAUGCAUGAAACAUCCCUGAUCUACCAAAAACAUGCUAAUGCUAAACCCAGAUAUCAAAUCUUUGACUCCCUUCAAGCCUUCUGCAGCUCAAUAGCAGGCCUCCUCUCCUCCCGAGCCGUUCUCCAAGGAGUCGGCGUCGGCAACGCCAACGCCUCUCCAACCUCCGCACUGCUCCUACACAUCCUCCAAGAUAUAUCUGGCCGCAUUGCAACGAUCUGUUUCGCCCACCACAUCGGCACAGCCCUCGAGCCAGAAUGUAAAACCUACCGGCUAGCAGCAGACGUCUUCAACGAUAUCGCCAUGAUCCUCGACUGUCUCUCACCGGGUGUACCCGCCGGACCGGCGCGGGUGACUGUCCUCAGCACAGCCGGUGUCCUCAGGGCCCUCUGCGGCGUAGCCGGGGGUAGCUCGAAGGCGAGCUUGAGUGCCCAUUUUGCCAAAUGGGGGAAUCUGGCGGAGCUUAAUGCCGUCGGAUCCGUAGUCAUAUCUCACAUAACCAGCUUCAGCACAACAUGGCUCAUCCUCCUAAUCCUCCUAGCCCUCCAUCUAAGCAUGAACUACGCCGCCGUGCGCGCCGUACAAAUUACAAGUCUGAACCGACAGCGCGCGAACAUCGUCUUCUCAGCACUCCUCGACUCAGACAUGAGUCUACGGCUGGAGCUCGAAAGUCUGGAACUGGACCUCGAUCUCGAUCUUGAACUCGAUCCUACGCCAACCGCAUCCAAAAGCGAAUGGACAAUCCUUACACCAGCACAAGUAGCCAAGCACGAGCGCAUCUUCCACCGAGACGGAGCGUUACAGUGGACGCAGCACUCGAGCACGCAUACAACAACCCAGCAUCUAGGAUCUGCGCAGAUAGGCGUAUCGAUGUCUACAUUCCUCGGUUCCAGGUCCGGUUCCAGAUCGUUCCAGCGCGCCCUCCCGCUGCAGCGACUUGCGGGUGUUUUCGCGGAUGAGUUCUAUAUAUUGUUUCUCGUGCCGUCGGCUACGGGAGGGAAUGCGAAAUGGCAUGCUUUUAUUCUUCUGAAACGGGGCUGUGCUGUUGAGCAUCAGUUGAAGGCGUGGGCUCAUGCUUUGCUGGCUGCGAGGGCUUUGGCCCGGAUUAUACCGGGCUCUUCUGUUGAUGUAGUUCUUGCUGUUGUUGAGAGGACACUUGUCUUGCUGAAUACUGAUGCACGCUUUGAGAGAUAUUUGGCGGGGCUGAGUGGUGUCGGGUGGGAUGUUAAUAUUGCGGCUUUGGAGACGAGGGCUGGACGGAGGAUUGAUUUUUGA